AUGCCAGCAGAACUAUGGUAUCCCAUCAUCGAGAUGCUGCCCUCUGUCGACCAGAAGACAUGUCUCUCUGUCUCAGAGAUGUUUCACGACAUCGCCUUGACCUACGUCUUCUCUCACGUCUCGAUAUCUUUGGGACUCUGGAGGCCGUUUGAACAUAUAGACGACGAGGAGGUGUUCACAGAUGAUGAGAAGGCGGAUCUCAUACGACGGGCGGACGCCUCCUACGAGGUCCUGCGGCACAUCAUGCGUACCCCAGACUUCGCGAGGAAGGUGAAGAGGGUCUCCGUGCGUGCGUUCUCUUGUGCUGGAGUGGAGAUGCAGCUCGCUAUCCGUUUCCUAGCCGACGCUUUGGAAGCUAUCCCUGAACUCCGCGGGUUCUUCUGGCAUGGCUCUUCUCCCCGGAUGCCCCUCGAAGUCUUCAAGGUUCUUGCCAAUUCCUCUCAUACGACCCUGCGGGAGCUUGGGAUGCCACAAGAACUUCCAGAGGGCGCUAUUUCGCUCCUCUCCCCUAUACACGAUCUCACAUCCCUCACAGUUUUGGACCAGGACGCCGAUGAGCCAUCGCUUAUCCGCGAUGUCCUCGAAGCCAACGCGAAUACUCUCCGCGCCCUCAGGCUCGCCGGCGAGACAUGCGACCAAUGUCUCCCCAUGCCCUCGUUCGCGAGCCUCGCAGAACUUGACAUCGUUGGUAUUCAAGGCCACGAGGAGCUGGGGGAGCUGUUCGCGCACUGCACGCACCUGCGCGCCCUCUCUCUCGUGUUCACAUAUGCCGAAGACGUCCUCAUCCCCGUCCUCCGCGCGCAACCAAAAGCGCUCCCGGACCUCGACUCGUUCAAAAUCUGGAGCGUCGAUUACUCUGGGGACGACCUCGCGGUCCUCGCGCGCUUCCUGCAGAAGAAGAAGCGUCUCAGGCGGAUGGACGUGAUGGUGCGCGUCGACGCACGGUGGCUCGCGGCAGACACAGCGCUGUUGAUAACCCCGAUCCUCGAGAUCAUGCCAAAGCUGCGCGAGCUGCAGGUCGUCGGACUGAGCGUCCGGGUCGCUUCACUACAGAAGGAGCACAUACAGGACCUGGAGGUGUACUUGCCUGACAACUUGACUGCCCUGCUCAUUUGGGUGAACAUAUCCUCGUCAUCCGUCCCCGCAGAUGAAUGGAUUGAAUUGUUCAAUAGCCGCCGUUCGCUUCGCUAUCUGCACCUGGUACCGGACUUCUACGACGCUCUCAAGCUCAAAGCCGCCGUGUUGAACAAUCCUCCGCCCAAUCUCGAGCUAUUCGGUUAUGGCGCACAGAUACGACCUAUCGGGCGGGAUCCGACUACAGGGGCCGUCGUCGUUCGGCCGCGCUGGCCAUACCCCAAAGUUUACUUCAGGACCGCCGACGACUACGGCAACGAUGAUUGGGAGUGGCUGUUGCGGUACCAUGGGAACGACGAAGACGAACAUUUCAUGGACAAUGCGGACGCGAUCCGGUGA